AUGCACCAGCUGCGUCUCCAGCAAUGCAAUAACUCUGUCAUCAAACACCCAACACCUUCACGACCAAAAGCACCUCCUGAGCCAGCUCUGAAGCACGGACGAAACCUGUUGGCCGCCCUGCCGGAGAAGCCACCGGCCAUCAACUGGGCUCACUACAAGGCUGCUGUGGCUAAAGCUGGCAUGGUGGAUGAGUUUCAGAAGAAGUUCAGCGCGCUAAAGGUUCCUGAGCCAGUGGAUACACAGACUGCCAAAAUUGAUGCCCAGGAGCUGGAAGCUGCAAAGAGCACUGCUGAGUACGUGCAGGCUUCCAAAGCUCGUAUUGCCCAGUAUGAGCAACAGCUUCAGAAGCUCCGAAGCAUGGUUCCCUUUGAACAGAUGACAUUUGAAGACUUGCAUGAAGCCUUCCCCGAAACCAGACUGGACAAGGAGAAAUACCCGUACUGGCCCCACAAACCGAUUGCUGAUCUGUAA